AUGCCGGUCUCCUUGGUUCCAGUGCAGCAGGCAGUGCUCCGUGGGGGCCCGGUCUCCUGUGAAGAGGCCCCAGAAGCAGGGCAUGGGGCGGAAAGCGGGACUCGGCCUGAGCUUGCGGGGUGCCUCUUUGGGCAGCGCUGCUGGGCCGAGAAGGAAAGGAACGGGAGCACUUCACGGCUGCCCCUGCCGACGGGGCUGGGGCUGGGGCGGGCGGGGGCACAAGGGGCCUGCAAGAGAGCCGCCUCCCGCCUGGGAUCCGAGCAGGGCGGCGCAGAUGCCCGGGAGGCUCCCGCUGCGGGACAGCCAGGCCUGGCCAGAAACCCGGAGCCGCGGAAGAGGGGCCCGAUCAGAGCCGGGGGCGACGGGCAAGGCGGACCAAGGGGGACCCGGAGCGCCUCUGCCCGCCCCGAGGGGGCGGCUGCGCUGGCGAGAGGCCUCGGUGGCCCUUCGGUCCGGCUGGCGCUGGCUCCCUGCCCGAGGCCCGCGGAACGGCCUGCGCCGGGAGGGCGCGCGGAAAGUAGAGCCGGGCGGGCGCUGCAGCCGGGCCUGGCCGGGCCGGUCCGCUGCCCCCGCCCCGCUUUUGUGCCGGCCGCCGAGCAGCCCCCUCUGGCGCCGUGUCCGUGCGCGCGCCGGCCGGCCGGCUUGCCUGCUGACCAGCCAGCCAGAGGGCGGAGCGCGGCCGCGCGGGGAGGGGGCGAAAGAGUCCCCGAGGGGAGGGGAGGGGGCCGGCGCCAGCCUCGCGGCCCUCGCUCGGCCGGCCGCUCUCUCGCUGGGCAGCCAGUCUCGGCGCGCAGGCGGAGGCGCGAGCAUGUCCCACAGAGCCCGCCGCUAAUGGCGCCCCGUCGGAUGCCCCCGCGCCGCCCGCCGCCGCCCGCCGCCCGCCUUCUCCUCCUCCUGGCCGCCUUCGCCUCAGGCGCGCGGGGCUUCAGCGAGCUGUUCUUCGUGAAGGAGCCGCAGGACGCGACGGUGGGCCGGCGGGAGGCGGCGGCGCUGGACUGCCAGGCGCGCGGCGAGGCGCCCAUCACGCUCAGCUGGCUGCGCGACGGGCAGGCGGUGGCCGAGAGCGAGCGCCUCCGCGCCCUGCCCAACGGCUCGCUGCUGCUGCUCGGCGCGGGCGAGGGCGAGGGCGCGGCGCGGCCCGACGGGCCCUUCUACCAGUGCCUGGCGCGCAACAAGUACGGCGCCCUCCUCAGCCACAAGGCGCGCCUGGCCCUCGCCGCUAUGUCUGCAUUUGAAGUCCAACCGCUUCCAGCUGAGGUCCAUGAAGGGAGCGUGGCUCGGUUUGCCUGCAAAAUAUCUGCCCACCCUCCUGCCGUCAUCACCUGGGAAGUCAACCGGACAGCCUUGCCGAUGGCCACGGACAGAAUUACUGCGUUGCCUUCAGGAGUGCUGCAGAUCUACAACGUCCAACAGAAGGAUGCUGGGAAUUACCGCUGUGUCGCCGCAUCCCUUGCCAGCAGGCGGAAGAGCGCAGAGGCCACGCUCACGGUUGUACCAGCCUCCACCGCAAAGCCUUUCCGCAAGCCGGUCAUUAUAGCCAGUCCACAGAACACAACCGCCUCCCUUCACCAGACCGUCAUCUUUGAGUGCCUGGCCACGGGGCACCCCAAGCCUAUUGUUUCUUGGAGCCGUUUAGACCACAAGUCCAUUGAUGUUUUCAGCACCCGGGUGCUUGGCAGUGGGAACCUUAUGAUCUCCGAUGUGAAGGCGCAGCACUCUGGCGUUUACGUUUGCCGCGCUACGAUUCCAGGCACGCGCAACUUCACCACGGCAAUGGCUGCUCUCGUUGUGCAUGCUCCCCCUUCAUUUGUGGAGUGGCCCGAAAGCUUGACAAGGCCUCGGGCUGGCACAGCCCGCUUUGCGUGCCAGGCAGAGGGUAUCCCAACCCCCAGGGUGACCUGGCUGAAGAACGGGCGGAAGGUGCAUUCCAACGGUAGGAUCAAGAUGUACAACAGUAAAUUGGUGAUCAACCAGAUAAUUCCAGAAGACGAUGCCAUCUACCAGUGCCUGGCAGAGAACAGCGAGGGCUCACUCCUUGCCCGGGCUCGGCUGACGGUGGUUCUGUCCGAAGACAGGCCCAGCGCACCCUGCAACGUCCAUGCAGAGACCAUGUCCAGCUCUGCCAUCCUCCUUGCCUGGGAGAGGCCGCUCUACAACUCGGACAAAGUGAUUGCCUACUCCGUCCACUACAUGAAAGCAGAAGGUCUGAAUAACGAAGAAUACCAGGUUGUCAUCGGAAACGACACCACCCAUUAUAUCAUUGAGGACCUGGAGCCAGCCAGCAACUACACCUUUUACCUCGUGGCCUACAUGCCAAUGGGGGCCAGCCAGAUGUCUGACCACGUGACACAGCACACCCUCGAAGAUGUCCCUCUUCGAGCUCCUGAAAUCAGUUUGACCAGCCGCAGCCCCACCGACAUUCUGGUCUCCUGGCUGCCGAUCCCUGCCAAGUAUCGGCGAGGCCAGGUGGCUUCCUUCCGCUUGUCCUUCCGGCGCAGCACAGAAAGCUCCGUGCAGGUUGUGGAGCUCCCGGGCUCUACAUACGAGUAUCUGCUCAGAAACCUGAACCCGGACACUAUCUACCUGGUUCGAAUUACAGCAGCCACACGGGUUGGCUGGGGAGAGGCAUCUCUGUGGACUUCCCACCGGACCCCAAAAGCCACGAGUAUCAAAGCACCGAAGUCUCCCGAGUUGCGCUUGGAGCCCCUGAACUGCACAACCAUUGCGGUCAAGUGGCAGCCUGGCUUGGCCGACACAGCGACCAUCCAGGGCUACAAACUGUACUACAAGGAGGAAGGCCAGCAGGAGAGCGCCCCCGUCCUGCUGGAGGCCAGCGUCCUGGCACACACCGUCAGCGGCUUGGAUCCCCGAAGGAAGUACCAUGUCCGUCUCCUGGCCUACAACAGCUUGGAGGAAGGGUACCAGGCGGAUCAAACCGUCAGCACCCCAGGAUGUGUCUCUGUCCGGGAUCGCCUGGCACCACCACCUCCACCCCCUCACCACCUUUAUGCGCAAGCCAAUACCUCCUCCGCCAUCUACCUCCACUGGGGGCGGCCAGCCUUCACGUCGGCCCAAGUCAUUAACUACACGGUCCGCUGUAAUCCGGUGGGGCUGCAGAACGCCUCUUUGGUCCUCUACCUCCAAACAUCAGAGACUCACCUGCUGGUUGAGGGGCUGGAGCCGAACACCAAGUAUGAGUUUGCCGUCCGGCUGCACGUGGAUCAGCUGUCAAGCCCGUGGAGUCCCAUCCUUUACCACACAACGCUUCCAGAAGCACCCUCUGGCCCCCCGCUGGGAGUGAAGGUGACUUUGAUCGAGGAGGACACUGCGCUGGUGUCCUGGAAGCCGCCGGAGGGUGAGAGAACAGUCGUCUCUCGUUACACCAUCCUGUAUGCCUCCCGGAAGGCCUGGAUUGCUGGGGAGUGGCAGAUCUUGUACAGAGAAGGCACCAUCACGAUGGCUCUGCUGGAGCAGCUCUUGGCAGGAAACAUCUACAUCGUUCAGAUAGCUGCUUCCAACGAGGCGGGCGAAGGGCCGUUCUCCAGUGCUGUGGAACUGGCUGUCUUGCCAAAGGAAGCACCUGAGUCCAAUCAGAGGCCCAAACGGUUGGAUUCUGCCGGUGCUGCUGACACAGCCCCCUCUGGCUACUACCCGCUGGACCAGAAGUCCAUGACUGGCCUCCUUGCUGGCGUCUGCAUCGCCCUCACCUGCAUCGUGCUCUGCAUACUCAUCCUCGUCUAUCGCAGCAAAGCCAGGAAGUCAGCUGCUCCCAAAAGCGUCCCGCGAGGCUCCGGCCAUCUCUCAGGCAGUAGCCUUUCCUCGGGUGGAGCCAGCGAGUCGGGCAAGAGCGUGGAGGCCGUCGUGGAGAAUGAGAGUUCCCUCUUGCCAAGGAUUGUGGGAAGCAGCUUCCUUGAUGCCAAGGGAGGCACGGAUCUCAUUAUCAACAGCUACGGCCCAGUCACAAACAGCAGCUCUAAGAAGAAGUGGACGUUCUUCCAAGACUUGAAGAAGGGGAAGUUGGAAGAGCCCCAGAAGCAAUGUGCCACAGCAACCUGCGUGUACCAGUCGGGCACUGCCAUCCUUGUUGGCGACGGGUGCUGCCGUGGGCCUGCAGAGCACCAGCCGAGCUACGAGGCAGCGUACAGCAGCACGACCGACACGGAGCAUUCGGCAAACAGUGAAGGAAGCCACGACACUGGCGAUUCCGGGAGGUUCUCGCAUGAGUCCAGCGAAGAGGUGCGCCUCUCUGUGGGCACCUCUGCCACCUCUGCUUCUUGGGAAGGCCUCGACUUGCGUGUGCCCAUGCGGCCCAUCCUGAGUGCCUCCAAAGAGCCACCGGACCAAAUCCCCCCUCCUUCCCUCCAGCGGCUGCUACCAGGACAGAACUGA